AUGACUGCACCAUCCUCUGAGCAUGUGGCGACGAAGCUCGCCCAUUCCUGCAACAUCUGCGACCAGCUCGUGAUUGAUCUGAACCAGAGCAACCAUCGACAUGUGUUGGGCCAGCUCGAUGAGCUCCUGGGACGACCCAGUGGUGAGAACUGCGAGCUUCUUCGACAACAUACGGCCAAGCGUAAUGCAGGUCCCGAGACCGGUGUCGAGCUCGGUGAUUACCGGAUCUAUGCUGCAAUUGACGACCCAGCGCCGGCCGCAGUCCCAUUCAGGCCUCCCGGCAUCGGUUUUGGCUCAGAGACGGCCUGCAAGGUUGCUCGGGGUUAG